AGCUUUCGUCUGUUUGUAAGAGUAAAGUGGAAAGUCUAGUGUCCAUCGGAAGCGAAUUUGAUCGCCACCGUCAUGUGGGGGAGCAGCGUUUCGUUUCACUUCUCUUGGAGAAGUUUCUUUUUCUUCUUCCGUUGUUAUUAGCAACUGUGUUAGCUGUAAUCCCUUGUUGCGCCAAACUGAUUCUGCUUCUUUCAUUCUUUUUUUUUUUUCUUUUUCGCCGUAAGUUCUCAGGGCUCUGCUUGGAUUAUGAUGGACCAAAGGAAUGGUGAGUAUGCUCCCAUCAGGGAUUCAGAGGACGAGCAGUUGGGAAAAUUUGACAAGCCACUUCCUUGUUUUGGCUGUGGAUUUGGAUGGUUUUUCCUUCUUCUAGGAUUUGUGUGCCCGCUUUUUUGGUAUUAUGCAACAAUUCUCUACUUCAGCAAUUACUAUCGCAGGGAUCCAAGAGAGCGAGCUGGACUAGCUGCAUCUGCAAUAGCUUGCAUAUAUGGAGUGAAGUAUAAUAAAGCGUAAUGUGAUACAGGGGAAAUCUUCCCACCCCCGAAUGAAAGAAUGGCUCGGCUCUUGUUCUGAUAGAUGUUAUUGUUGUUGCAGGCUCUAAUAUUUACAAUUGCUGCGCUCAUUAUAUUAGCUGUUUUCAUCGUCACAACAGUUUCAACUCACCUAUCUCUAUUCAAUUAGCAUUUUGGGGG